AUGGAGAGCCCACAGGACAGCAAUACCUCACGGGACGCUUCCCAUGAGGCGGAGUCUAGGGUCAAGUCUGCUACACAGGCAAAAGUCAGACGGCGCAAUCGCAUGAUCACCAGCUGUCUGGAGUGCCGACGGAGAAAACUGAAAUGCGACAAGCAAAAUCCAUGUACGAAUUGCAACAAGUUCUCGCGCGAUUGCACAUUUCUCGCGCCAGCUUUGGACUCGAUUUCUCAGCAGCGGCUUAAUGACAUCAAGGAGAAGAUGGGCUCCUUGGAGCGAGUUCUCGAGGAGGAUGUCGCGAAACGUAGCCAAGGCGUACUUAAGGUCAAGAAAGAGCGCAAGACCUCCAUUGAUCUUCCCGGCGAGGCGAGCAGUGGCGAAGAUACCCCGCCAGAAGCCUAUGAGCAGGAAAUCGAAAACACGCCCUUGGCCGUUGGCGAUGCAGCGUACGAGGACGAUGCAAACGAUGAUGUACUCGAUCUCGGUAUUCGCAUAGGGAAGAUGCGUAUGGGAGAGCGUCUAGGUGGAUUUGUGCGACCAAAAUUUUCCGAAGAGCUGACUAUUGCUCUUGCGAAUCCCACGAACGACCGACGAAAUGACGAAGAACGAGCGCUAGGUGGCGUUCCUGCACUAGCAGAUGAUCCUCACGACUUUCUCGAGCCUGGAGCAACGUUCAUCAAUCCCGGUGCUGGAUUUAUCUUCGGUGAUGUUGGGAUGAAACGAAACCUCAUCGACUAUCUACCGACGAAGGAAGUGGCAGACACACUGACGGAAAAGUAUCGAGAGAAUGUCCACUAUGUGGCCAGAGUGUUGCAUUGGCCGUCGUUCCAGCUUCUCUACGACAACUUCUGGACCACAGCUCUGGCGGGCUACGAGCCACAAGCGUCCGCACAAGCCGUCGUACUGUCUGUCUUAUUCUCCGCAAUUGCAAGCAUGGAUGACAUAGAUGUCCAUCGACUCCUAGGGCGAUCAAAGAAAGCCGUGCAGACCAGCUUUCAGAAGGGCGCGGAGAUCUGUCUCAGCAAGGCGCAAUUUCUUCGGACCACAAAGGUUGAAACCCUACAAGCAUUUGUGAUAUACUUGAUUCCAAUGUGUCGAGAUCAGCUCACAAGAGCACAUUCCGUGCUUGUUGGCACGGCUCUUCGACUCGCAGAGUGCAUGGGACUGCACCGAGAUCCCAAAGAUGUGUAUGGAUUUCCACCUGUGGAAUGUCAUGUCAGAAGGAUCUUAUGGUUUCAGCUCCUCUUUCUGGAUUUCAGAUGUGGUGAAGGCCAUGGUCCGCGACCGACUAUCCGACGAGAAGACUUUGACACGAAGUUUCCACUGAACAUUGACGAUGCAGACUUAAUGUCUGGCCGAAUCGAGGAAUCCAAGACACGAUUCACAGAUAUGACGCUAUCACGCCUCAGGUUUGAGUGCAACGAGAUGCAGAGAAUCAUUUGGUACGAUCGCAUUCGGCUCGAGAAGAAGACUGUGUCUCUGACGCAUGUGCUCGGAAAAAUUGAAGCGUUCCGAAAAGCCAUGUCCGGCAAAUACGAGCCAAUCUUCGACAAGACGAUUCCUAUCCAACAUUACGCUUCGCUGGUGCUCAGUGUUUUACUCAAUCGAAUGCACACCAUGGUUUUGCAUCGAUACCUUAACCACAUGAGCAAGUCCCUGCCAGAUAGGCUGAGGCAGGUCGUGAUCACUACAGCCACACAGCAACUCGAGUCUGCGGUGGAGUUAGAAACUACGCCGGAUCUGUACAAAUGGCGCUGGUACAAUGGUGUUCAUCAGCAGUGGCAUGCUGCCUUUCUGUUGGUGAACGAGCUCUACGAGCAUCCAAAUCGAAAGGAAGCCGAUCGUCUGUGGAAAGUCUUUGACUACGUGUUCGAGCCGGACACGACCUUGUCGAGAGCACAAAAGGGCAGAUCGAUCAUUGCCGCUGUCAAAGACCGUGGGGCGGUAUAUCGAGACAUCAGACGGCUGCGAGCACCUGGCAGCAUCCGUUCCGACACCGUGGCAGCGGUAUGGCGUGGGAAGCCAGCCGGUGGCUGGCCGAAAGAUGCCCAACCCCCGGCGCAGCAAGCGAGAUCGCCGCCAGUGCCCUCGAAUCCUGUGCAAUUGAAUCACCAGGAUUUCCAGCCGAAUAGCACAGGCGGAUCAAUAAGCCAAUCUGCCAUGAAUACAAGUUGGACGGUUGAUCAACCAUACACGGGAUUCACUAAGCCUAACGUUACCAAGGGUGAGCCAUGGAAUCUUGGCCAGGUCGACGCAUACGGCACCGUUCCGGAAAGAGCCCCAAGUAUUCCAGGAGUCAACUAUAGUAGCCCCAGCGAGCACAGCACGAAUGAUCCCAACAAUUGGCCGCCGAUGAUCUCUAACGAUCAAAGUGGCUGGGCACCAAUCCAAGCACUGCCAUCGCCACAAAGUGGCAAUAUGCAGCUACCAACAUCCGCGUUCUCGAUGCCCUCUGCCAACUUCCAAAUGCCGAACUACUUCCCGCAGCAGAAUAUGCAGCAGCAGAGAGCAAAUUCAACGUCAAGCAAUGAUGACAUGAACAUGCCAGAUAUCGACUGGUCGGAAUGGGACAAGAUCUUUCCCCCUUCGCUCAACACUGGUCAGCUCGAUAUCAGUCCACCGCAGUAUGGUCAGAAUUCGUGA